AUGUUAUUUUUCUAUCUUUGUUCAACAUUCAUAUUGCUCUCCGCUUUCGUUAUUUUGAAGAAAAUUAAAAUUCGACAACGGUUUAAAAUGGGUGGCUGGUUAAGCUACCUAUGGUGGGGCGGCGACCCAGACGUUGUCAACCCGAAAUCAGGGCUAACGAAAAGAGAAAUAUAUGCUGUCCAACAAUCCUGGGCACCUGUUUAUGCAGACUCUAUCACCAAUGGAACAGAAUUGUUGAGGAGAUUAUUUCAAGCAUAUCCCGACACAAAAGACUUCUUUAAAAUGGUUAAAAACUCCUCUGAAGAAGAUUACCCUCAAAACCCUCAGUUCAAGGCUCAUGUGAUCAACCUCAUGUCGUCACUUAAUAUGGCGGUCACAAAUCUCAACCAACCGGAAGUGGUGGCCGCCAUGAUGAAUAAAUUAGGCGACUCGCAUGGAAGACGGAAAAUACAGCAGGAACAUUUUAACGACUUAAAGAACGUUAUAGUGAAAAUGUUUAUAGAAGUGCUGAAUUUAGAUGCUUCAACCCUGGGAGCAUGGGGGAAGACGGUGGACUUCUGGUACAAGCAUAUUUUCGAGACUCUUGGGAAAAUAGAAACAAGAUAA